UCGACGAACCACGCAUACAUAAACCAACGAGGCGUUUGCAUUUGGUGACAAACCAGUAAAGCCUCGUCCCACCACACAAACCACCAAUUAUUCGUCCCGCUAGAGAAGAUGGAGACGGCUAUUGGUGCGGCUAGCGGGCUCAUUGGCAGUGUGCUGAAUCACCUGUCCGAUGAGUUCAUCCAGGCAUAUGUUGCCAGCUCUGAGCUCGGCCUCAAUGCCAAAAAGAUCAAAGAUGAUCUCGAGUUCACGCAAGGGCUGCUGCGUGAAGCCCAGAGAAGAGAUGUUAGAGACAACCCCGGCGUGCAGGGGCUUGUGCAACAGCUCAGUGCCAAGGCUGACGUCGCUGAGGAUGCCCUGGAUGAGCUCCACUACUUCAUCAUCCAGGACCAGCUUGAUGGCACCAAGUAUGCCGAGCCGGAUCUGGGUGAUAGCCUCCUCGGUCAUGCUCGCCAUGGUCGCCAUGCUGUUCGCUACACUAUCGGUAACUGGCUUAAUUGCUUUUCUUGUUCGCCUAUGGAAGAUGAUGGUGCUGCUAGUACUGAUGUUACCACAAAAUCACACAACACUGCCAAUCUUGAUAGUAGUGGUGAUGGUUCACUAGAUAAGUUGCCACUCAACAGAGUUGCCAUGUCUAAGAAAAUUAAGUCAGUGAUAGAGGAAAUACACUCCCUAUGUGAUCCCAUAUCCAAGUUGCUCAUGGUAACUCCACACCGAAGCAACAGUGCAAUUGUCAACCUUAAUCGGCCUCGGACGGCGUCAGCAUUGGAACAAGAUGAUAAAUUAUAUGGAAGGAGUGACAUUUUUGAGCAAACUAUAAAAGAUAUCACGAGUGGCACAUAUCACAGUGAUAUACUUUCUGUUCUUCCUAUAGUUGGUCCUGGGGGUAUUGGAAAGACAACUUUCACUCAACACCUGUAUAAUGAUAAAAGAGUUGAAGAACACUUCAUGGUUAGGGUUUGGGUAUGUGUGUCAACUAAUUUUGAUGUGCUUAACCUCAACCAGCAGAUCCAUAGCUGCAUACCUGUAACUGAAAAAGAAGAAACCAACAUUGCCAAUGGAACAACCAAUUUAGACCAGCUUCAGAAAUCCAUUACAAAUAGGUUGAAGUCCAAAAGAUUUUUAAUUGUCUUGGAUGAUAUAUGGAAAUGUGAGAGUGAUGCCGAGUGGAAAACCCUAUUAACACCGUUCACAAAGGGAGAAGCCAAAGGCAGUGUGGUUCUUGUCACAACUCGAUUUCCAAAAAUAGAAGAAAGGGUCAAGAAAGGAACUAGUCCAUUAAACAUGCAAGGUUUGGAUCCACAUGAGUUCUUUGAUUUUUUCCAAGCAUGUGUAUUUGGAGAAAACAAACCCGAUCAACAAUUAAUUGAUAUUGGAAGAGAGAUUGCAGAGAAAUUAAAGUGUUCACCACUAGCAGGCAAAACAGUUGCUCGGUUAUUACAGAAAGAGCUUUCUUUGGAACAUUGGAGGGAAGUUCUUGAAAACAAUGAGUGGAGAAAUCAAACAAACAAUGACCAUAUUAUGCCAGCCCUAAAAAUUAGCUAUGAUUACCUUCCUUUCCACCUCAAAAAAUGUUUUUCAUAUUUUUCCCUUUUUCCGGAAGAUCAUAGGUUUAAAGUUAUAGACAUGAAUCGCUUUUGGACCGCACUAGGCAUCAUAAACGCUAGUUAUAAAAAUAAGAAUUACCUAGAAGAACUAGUGGAGAAUGGUUUUCUUAUGAAGGAAGUUGACGAUUUGAAGGAUCAAUGCUAUGUAAUACAUGAUUUAUUGCACGAACUAUCUCGGAGCGUUUCAUCCCAAGAAUGUACUAAUAUAAGUAGUAUAAGAUUUAGUGCCGAUGAGAUCUCACAGUCAGUUCGACACUUAGCUAUCACGAUAGAAAAUAAAUAUGAUGAGAGCUUUAGGCAAGAAAUGGCUAAAUUGAAGAGCAGGAUACGCAUAAGAGACUUGCGGACUUUGAUGGUUUUUAGAAUAUACGAAGAAAGAAUAGUUGAGAUUCUAAAUGACACAUUCAGUGAAAUAGAGGGUAUUCGAGUCCUAUUUAUAGCCAUGGAGUCCACAGAAUCUUUGCCAAAAACUUUCUCAAAACUUCUGCACCUUCGGUACCUAAAAAUUAGAUCGCGUUAUAAUCGCACAAUAAGUCUACCUAGUACACUGCCAAGGUUUUACCACUUGAUAUUCUUAGAUCUAAAAAAUUGGCAGGGAAGCUCUGAUUUGCCAAAAUACUUUAACCGUCUUGUGAAUUUACGCCAUUUCAUUGCUUUUCCUGAACUCCACUCCAAAGUUCCUGAGGUUGGAAAGAUAGAGCAUCUAGAGGAGCUAUUAUCAUUCAUUGUCAAAAAGGAGAAUAUUGGGUUUGAGCUGGAAGAGUUGGGGAAAUUGAAAGAACUUGGAGGAGAACUCAAGAUAUAUAAUCUUGACAAGGUGGCAACCAAGGAUGAAGCUAAUAAAGCGAAUCUGGCACUGAAAAGGAAUCUGAAAGUAUUGUCACUAGUUUCGGGUCCAGAAGGUUCAAACCAGUUUACCAGGCCGCUUGCCAAUUUAGAUGAUGAUGUUAUUGAUGGUCUCCAACCGCAUGAAAACCUCAGAGAGCUUGCCAUUACAAAACAUGGUGGUUCUAGUCCUCCCAGUUGGUUUUUUCAUGACAUACCCAUUAGAUAUUUGGAGUCUCUUACUCUGAGGGACGUGUCUUGGUGCACUCUUCCACCUUUUCGGCAGUUACCGUAUCUCAAGAUACUAGAAUUGAGUAGAAUUGCCAACGUGCAUCUUAUAGGACCUGAUUCUGGUACCGGUAAAACCCAAAGUUUCAUGCAUUUGAAGGAAGUUGUCAUUUCUGACAUGCCACUUCUUGAAAGGUGGAUUGUGGAACCAAACUGCCAUUUGUUUCCGGUGCUUGAAAGCAUCGAUUGCAGAAAUUGUCCCAAUCUCCUUUCACUGCCCUUUUUCCCAGAGUGCUAUGUCUCUUGUGCACGAGGCAUACAUUGUGCCAGCCUGCAUGCACUAAAGAUUAUUGACUGUCCUAAGCUUUUGGUGUCCCCCAUGCCACCUGCUCCUGCACUAACAUCCAUUGAAUUAGUUGAUACUCAUCGGUCUGUGACAUUGGGAAAGUGGGAAAUGAAGAUGAGUGGCUACAGUGGUGCACUAGCCUUCCAGAAUAUGGUAAAUUUACAUAGGUUAUUGUGUGAAGGUGGGUCAAUAACCUUAUGGUCAUACCUCCAAAAGGUAACCUCCCCCAUGGAGCUUACUAUUCCUGAAGGCUCGGGCAUAAAGUUUGUGUGUUUCGCCGGCUGCAAGAUUUUAACAGUGGGUGGGGUCAGUUCUCUCAUCACAUCUGUCAGCCUAAAGAGGUUGUGGGCCAAUGGUGGUGGGGAUCCUCCCAACUCUGCAACCAUGAAUCUGCUCUCAGAGGUGGCAAGAAGAACCAAAGAAUUGCCUGCCGGAUCCUUCCAAUUGGAGGAACUCGGUGUGGAUAGCAUCUCAGCGGUGCUUGUCGCUCCCGUAUGCAGUCACCUCGCUGCUACCCUCCACGAAUUAAACAUCCGGCAUGAGCAUCGGAUGAAAGGCUUGACAGAAGAGGAAGAGAAAGCACUUCAGCUCCUCACCUCCCUCCAAACCCUAAGAUUUCAGUACUGUCCAUUUCUGCCGUGCCUCCCUCAAGGGUUACACACCCUUUCUUCUCUCAGGGUACUACAAGUAGUACUUUGCCCUAAGAUCCGCUCGCUGCCUAUGGGGGGCCUCCCCACUUCACUACAGAAUAUAUGGGUAACCGACUGCAGCGCCAAGCUACACGAGCAAGUCAAGAAAUUAGAGGGAAUGAACCCAGGAUUGUCGGUGUCAUCCUAUGAAUCAUCGAUUGAGGAGGCACAACUACGCCGAAAUUGGUACCCCGUCGAACCAAUGUGAUGGGUGGUUGUUAACAUGUGUCGUGCAUAAAUCGGCUACAGACAUGAAGCAAUGCUCCAACUACUCUCAUCCCGACGGCAGGCUCUCUACAUAAGUUGUGACUCCGCUUUAAUAAAAAAAGCAGAGCACCUGCCAUUGACCCUUCAAAAAAAAGCCCACUCUUCUGAAGUUGACACUGCCCUGCAGCAUGCACUCCAAAUCCAUCUGCCGGCUUUACUCUUCUGAAGUGCGUACAUAACUUGCACGAGCCCUUUUGGCCUACUCUUUUGAAGAUGACACUUCCCCACACACCAAAUCCAUGUGCUGGACGUCAGUACAUGGAAAAACCACACCAAAUCCAUGUGCUGGACGUCAAUAUAUGAUUUCGUUUCAUUCACAGUGCAAAACCACUUUGGCUAUAGUUUUGGCAGCUCUCAACCGGCGUGUCUCAUGUCUGGCGUUACUGGUAACUGCAUGGUAUGGAAAUUUUGAGGUGGCCGUCCCGUGUCUGCCCUCCCUUCCUCAAAGGUCACACGGCCUUUUCUCCUCUCGAGUGUCCAUCUGUCGAUUAUUGUCCACGAACCCGGCCGCUGCCCAAGGGCGGCCUCCCCACUUCUCUGCGACACCUAACCGUGAGCAGAUGCAAGUCAAGGAGCUACGAGGAUCAAACCCACUGUUACGGGUUUACACCUGAGUGUGUAUAUAAGUGGUGCAUCUUUUCAGCCUUGUAUUGCACAGAGGUGUGACUAUGUAUUUGCAUCUGCAUUUCUGGAGGUGCAAGCCAGAUCUGCUGGUUUUUUGAGGGGUCUAAUUGCCACCAUUCUUUUGAGAUGCUUUGAAGCAUUGAGUGCAGCAAUCGGUCUGCUGGUUAGUAUCGGCUCCUCGAUUUAUGAUUUCUUACUAGUUCACACUCAUUGGUGAGUCACAUGUAGUCAUGUUACAGCGCAUGGGCUACUACUGGUAUUUUGAAUUGGCGCGUCGCGCCCAGUUCUGCAAGAUUAGCAGCUGAAUGCGUGGUAAGUACUGUAUGUGAACUCCGAAGACCAAAGCGAACACACCUCAUGGACGGACGUUGCUAGAUGGAGGAUCAUGUACCGUAGAAGUGCUGUGCUGUUCUUCAUCAGACUGAACGCUACAGGCGUGAAGAAUGCUGAUCGAGAUGGCAUUGUUGUCAUCGACUGCAAGCUGUUCAAGAUUGUCAGGAUCUCACCAUUAUUAUCGAGUUUCGUCAGGCUUCCGUCUCAUACAAGCAACGGGCAUAGUAGGGAGAUCGCGCGGUCGAGAUGCUAUCGUACCAAUCCAAUGUCGCCUAUGUAAUUUUUCAUUUUUAGCUUUGAUUAGUGCAUACAUGCAAUCAAUGUAAUUACAUAUUGAACUCGUGGCUCGGGACUUGGAUAUAAAGCCCGAGAGUGGGUGGAUGGGUGGCACGAGUAUAUAUGAAACAUUAAAUAUCAUGUUCAUUCUUGUUUA